AUGGGAGAACUCCCAAUAUUCACUUGUCAGGCUCAUGUAUUUACAAUCAAUCCCCAAACAAAGAAAUCCUGGAUUCCAUCAAGUAAUAAGGCAGUCGAUGUUAACUUCUUCUAUGAUUCAAACAAACACUGCUACCGCAUUAUCAGUGUUGAAGAUUCCUCUGGUUCUAAAAAGGUUAUCAUCAAUAGCACAUUAACAGAGAAGAUGACUUUUAAAAAAACUUCACAAAAAUUUGGACAAUGGGCUGACUCUAAAACCGGUGGAGUGCAUGGUUUAGGCUUUAGCUCUGAAGCAGAUUUGACUAUGUUUGUUAAUCAAUUCAAGCAAUGCGUUGACUCUAUGAAAAAUCAAGUUCAAACAGAAUCAAAUGGUUCAUCAGGUGUUCGCGUUCCGUCAGACUCACUCAACUUAUCAUCAGACGGUUUACCAGUUCCUAUACAAAAUGGUCAAAUCCAUUCGUCUCCUGGUGGUACUGUAGUCAAUCAAUCGACAGCAACGUUAACGUCUACAUGUUUAAACAAUAUUGCUCAUAACGCUCUACAAAAUUUACCCUGUCCACAACAACACCUGAAUUCUAAUUCACUGUCAGCUGCACCAGGUACUUUAGUUACAACCACACCAACAACACCACCAAUCACAGCCAAUACAACAAUUCUCCCCGCACAAGGUGACAUCUAUUCUAAUCAUCAGUCUGUACAAAAUCAGCUUAAAUUAGCUCAAGCACAUGUAAAACGAUUGGAAGCAGAAAUUAGUCAUCUUAAGCGUUAUGCAAUGCCUACGAUGGCUGGUUCCAUGAACGGUGGAUCAGCUUAUCCUACGAAUUAUCCCAAUAUGGAGUCAGGAAUAUCCAUGGAUUCUGAUGUCCCGGAUCUACGAUGUGGUGUUUCUCGUCUUGAGUUAGACGGAUCCAAUGGUGGUUGUACCAGUUUACUUAGCAGUAACGGUGAGUGGGUCAACGAGCUAAGUAUCAAUAAUAAGCCCAAACCAGUUGGAACUAUUCAUCCCUCAUUAGUACACGGAAAUCAGAAUCGAUCCGCUUGGACAGAUCGUGCAUCACAAGAUACCAUCCGAUCACUGCAUACACGUCUUGGAAUUGUAUUAAAAGAUGCCUUAGAAAUUCAUAAUCGCCUUGGAUCACUUUUGUCUUCACCGUCUAUAGACUGA